GUGGGUCAAGUUCAUCUUCACCUUCAGCUUCAAUCCAAGCAGUUUUUUGCAGAGUAUCUAUCUGUCUAUCUUCCGGGGAAUCUUUUCACAUUCUCUUUCAUUUCCUUACUUCUUCGUCGGCCGCAAACCCCAAAUGCAGUCCCUUCCAGUCUUUACCUCGAUAAGUUCUUUUUCGUGAGACCCUGGCGGGUGAUUCCAGGCCAUGUUGCUAGUGUUUCUCGCCUGUGUCUUUUGCUGGGUGGCUCUGAGCCCCCACCUGGUCUCAGCACAGUCCAAAACGCUAAAGGAUUGCAUUGUCAAGGCCUUGGAUGGUCGCAGUAAUCGGGUGGCAUUCUCUGACAAAUUUCUCUUUGAACUUCUCGACGUCAAUAGAUACAACCUGGUGUACAAGACCAAGCCUUUGGCCAUUACAUAUCCUGAAAGCGCGCAAGAGGUCAGUGGGGUUGUCAAAUGUGCUGCGGAAGCAGAUGCCUUUGUACAGGCGAGGAGUGGGGGUCACAGUUUUGGCAAUUAUGGCCUUGGAGGAGAUGACGGCGCAGUGGUGGUGGACAUGAAGUAUCUGGACCAACUGACGUUUGAUGAGUCAGACAAGACUGCGCACCUGGGUCCUGGAAACCGCCUCAAGGACGUGAAUGAGUUUCUCCUCGAAUACGACCGAGUGGUGCCUCAUGGAGAUGCUCCUCAGGUGGGGGUUGGCGGACAUUAUACCAUUGGAGGCCUCGGCCGAAUCUCGCGACAAUAUGGCGCUGCGACCGAUCAGAUUAUCGACGCCGAGGUGGUUCUCGCCAAUGGAUCUAUUGUGACGGCGUCAGAGAAGGAAAACGAGGAUAUCUUCUUCGCCAUUCGAGGCGCAGGCGCUUCGUUUGGAAUAGUGACCGAUUUCCACGUCCAGACUCAUCCAGCACCUGGGAAUGCAGUGGCAUACACCUACAAUGUCACUAUCGGCGACCCCAAGCUACAGGCAGAGGCUUUCAAAGCCUGGCAAGAGCUGGUGACGGACCCGGAUCUAUCUUGGAAAUUGUCGUCCCAGUUCAUCGCCUUCCCUUUCGGAUCUGUCAUCACCGGAUUCUACUACGGAACAGAGAAGGAGUUUAGCGCGCUCAAGCUCGAGACACAGUUGUCUGGCAUCAACGAAUCAAGCAUCGACGUUCAUCUGGUCGAUGCCGCAGUGGCGGUUGGGCAUGAUCUCUCCGAGCUCGGUCUAGAGCUGUUUGCUGGCAUCCCCACUCAUUUCUACUCAAAGUCUCUAUCCUUCACCAACGAUACCCUCAUGACCGAUACAGGAAUCGACGCUAUGUUCGAGUACUUUGGCGAAGCAUCUCGCGACCUGAGUCUCCUGGGCGUGCCGUGGUUUGUGAUCUUCGACCUGGAAGCCGGCAAGAUCAACGAGGUUGCGCCCGAUGCCACGGCGUAUGCCUUCCGUGACACCUUGUAUUUCUUGCAGAGCUAUGCCGUGGAUCUGCUGGGAAUCUUUGAAAACCAGCAACGAGAUUUUUUGGAUGGAUUGAAUGAGGUUGUCAUCGACCAUACACCCGGCAUCAAGGGUAGUUAUCCGGGCUACGUCGAUCCCUUUUUGGCUGAUGCACAGAAGCAGUACUGGGGAGAGAAUUUGGCGAGACUGGAGGAUAUCAAGGCAAAGAGAGACCCGGACAAUGUCUUUCGGAACCCGCAAAGCGUCGAACUUGCAUGAUCAAUGUGGCAAAUUCCAAAUUCUAGCGUUGGACUCUGCUGGAGGACGCACGUCC